AUGGGGUGCUGUUGGCAGCUGAGAAGAAGAAGAAGCAACAGGGCUGUGUUGCAGCUUCUCUGCUGGUUCUUACUCGUCCUUCUCCUCGUCGUGUUCUUGCCAACAAGCUGCUGCCAGGCUUCGAGAGGCGGCAUGCAGCCGUUCAAGGGCCGGCCGCUGCAGGGAGGCGCAUCCAACAACUUCUUCGGGUUCUUGCCGAGGAGGCCGGCGCCGCCGUCCGGCCCGUCCCGGCAGCACAACUCCGUCGGCAUCGAGAGCCAGCGGCAGAAGCAGCCGUGA